GGCGCGACUUUAUUAGCAGAUGACAAUUUGUCGACCCAGACAACAAGAGGCCAAUUCGAGUGCAUGCUUUUCUGUACAGAUCUGAUUGUGAUCGAGUGACGAAACCUAGAAUGUCAUGUCUGAGAGCAUUUUACGCAGUAGCCGAGGAGAUCGAAAAUCUUCAUGGGGAGGCCACAUCGAGCGUGGAAUCACUUCGUCGGAACCAGUUUCGGAGAACGACUCCUCUCGGAAAUUCGGCCGGUUCCUAACCUUUCGUUCGUUAGCUUGACUUUGACGUGUGACGAAUGGCACUAGAAUGUGCAAGUCAAUGAUCGUCCGACCAUUCCAGCUGCAGCCCUGCUCUCUGCUAAAUCAGAAGUUUUUUCCUCGAGGUUUUAGCUUUCGUAGAACAAAAUCCAUUGUCGUCAGCUGGAUGUCCCGAGUCUCCAUAGCCAGGAGUUCAAUCAUGUGUUCUGCUGGUUACCAGUCGCUGUAUCGGUGCAUAUUCAUGCUGACACCGAGAUAUCAGUGUUGACUAUUGCAUUGACUAUGAUAUAUGAUAUGGACUCCGAGAUUUUAGUGUCUCCUUUGGCGGCAGACGCUGUUUUGGCCUCCAUGACGCAUUUCCCAUGAAGUUUGUGCACCCUUUGUGCUGUCUCGUGCAUUGUUAGUUACGGUUCGUCGUUUACGAUGGUGGUUCGACAUGCUGUGCAGGGAUUUCUCGAAUGGCUUCAUGGUGGCGGAAAUAUUUUCUCGCUACUUCCCACAGGAUAUCCACAUGCACUCCUACGACUAUGGAAGUCGUCUGGCCACGAAGCGAGACAACUGGGAGCAGCUAAACAAGUUUUUUAGGAAAAAGGGUUUCAUUGCUGUGAAAGAUGAGGUGGACAAUAUCAUCCAGUGCAACUCGGAAGAUGGAGCGGGCCCGCUAUUGGAGCGGAUGUACAAUUUUUUGACCCAGAAACCUUAUGUUCCUGAAAGUGCAGCGGAGCAGGGCAGUCUGGAAAACAGGGAUCCUUCACAGCCUGAUGACUACACGUCACGUGACGAAGGGGAAGAGGAGGAAGAAGAUGAAUGCUCGGGGAGCGACAGCGGAACUCUUUCUGAAACUGAAGGUGAAACCGACGACGGUGGAGCAUGUAUGAGACUGCAGGAGGACAAUUACUCUGAGAGAGCCGGCGAUGGACUUAUUCGACUGAGCCCCGAUGGGAGUGGCUUCGACUUUCAGCCCCUUGUGAGACUAGACGUGGAGGAGAAUGGGAAUGAUGACUAUUUCGGCUGCUUGGACAGUGGUGUGAGAUUUCUCGGUGAAGAUGGAGGCCAAGAGGACGAGAGAGUGGAAGAAGAACAGCCCACGAAGAAGAAGUCUGUCAACGCAGUCGAGAAAGCUCGGCAGAGAGAAAACACCAAAACCAGAAGGAUCGAGAAGGCCGGAGUCAAGGCGGGAUUAAAAGCCAGUGAGCUGAAGCAGGCAAUUGCUGGGCGCAAGUCAUCGACUGAUGCAGGAUUGGCUUUCCGCAGUCCGAAUCGAAAUCGGAAGGAGAACUUCAAGCAAUACACUUUACCAGACUACAGGCGUCAGAAGCAAUUUGGGUAUGUCCAGCUUGGGAGCUUGGGUCCCAAAGAAGAUCCAGAACUUGCUUCAAAGUUGCACGCGUUGCAGCGGGUGAAAGAGUUCGGUCGACAUGCUAGAAGCUGCAAUACGAUGUCACAUACCAAUCCUGCGCUUGCAAGUCCGAAGGCACCAAAGAAACCGUCAUCAAGAAAAGUGGCUCUGGAAUUCGCGUCGUCAAUUCCGAAGCCAAAACGGAAGAAUCACAGCAAGGAAGAGUCGAAGAAAGUUUUGCCCAUCCAGAAUCCUCAUGGGCUGACGGAGCUUCAAAUUCUUGAGAUGAAACAUCAGUCCCACAAAGAACACGUCGAGGCCAUUCGACGAGAUUUGGAACACUUUCUCCGGUGAUGUAAGCAGUGGAAGACCUGUGACCCGUCUUUAGACCGAGGUGCCAGCUCUAGACGGUAGAGGACAUGCUGGCUAAUUGCUCGAUCAUGUGUCUUAGGCAUCGCUUUGCUGGUCUUCGAAGACUUGCAUAUGCUGUUACUUGAAAUCAGGAAGGCUUAUCUCGACAAGAACUCCGACUCGCCCUGAAUUGGUUGUUUGAUGUCACAAAUGCUCAUGGCGGAUUUGGGGCUAAAGAUGGGUCGACAAAUUGGGUUUCGGGAUUAUGGCUCCUCUCUCCGUACUUACACAGGCAACUUUGUAAGGAUUAUGGACUUCGUCAUGGCCAGCUGAAGCCCUCACUGCACAUUAAGAAUGAUUAUUGAAAGUUCGCAAUGUCUUACUAUCACUGGUUCUUCAUUUAAGUUGUGUUUGCGGUUGGGCUUCCAUACAAUAAAUAAAUAAAUAAAUAUAUAUUAUCAUAUGUU